AGAACCUAAACUGAUAAACAGAAGGCUAGGCUAUAACAAGGAAAACAAGAUUUGCAGUCAAUGCCAAAUUGAGAAGAGAGUUAGCUUUCUGCUGAGUGAACCCAAACAAGAGGACACACACUAGAUUAGAGCAAGUUUAGCUUGUCCAAUGGCGCAGUGGAAAAAUAAUGGUAACUUGAGUGCGAUGACACCUAGAGUUGCGAAGGUGAGUUGGACCGUAAAGCCUUACCGUGUUCCAAAAGGAAGUAUACAUGUCUCUCCUUCAUGGAUAUUCUCCACAGGGGAGAACUCAGAUCCAGCCAUUACUAUAAAAGCUAUUGGACAUCAAUGGUAUCGGAGUGCGCCUCUUCACGAGGGUGAUUAAAGUGCAACGAAAUGCCUUAAAGUUGAAUAGGGUUCGCGAAGCAUCUGGCUUACCGGUAAGAAUCAGUCCCUCUAUGGACUUAAACAAGCAUCCCAAAAUGGCAAAGGAAUGUGCUACUAGGAUUACCCAACUUUGAGUCAAGACUCAACUAACAGCAAGGUUUGUGCCGAAGGAAUCACCAAUAUAAAACAAGCAAAAAAAAUAGUACAAAAUAAGAACUAAUGAGCAAUACAUGUUUCUGGUGGCUAACAUGAUAACUGAUAAAGAAUUAACAUCCAACUCAUACCAGGAAAUGACUGCAAUGACAACUCAUACUAAGUGACCUUAGUUCAUAACAUCCUAAAAAGAAGAUGGUGGUCUCUAGCACUAAUGAUUUUCAGGUCACAGUUAAGAAAAGUUAUGACAAAAUGAGUGAAUUAAAAACCUUUGAUGAUGCUGGAAUCGAUAAGGUACCUCAAAUAUUCAUUCUACCACAGAAAAAAAGGCUGAAGUCCUCGGAUACAUGUGAAACACAGUUCAUUUUCCCAUUGAUAGACCUUGAAGGCAUCGACGAGGACCCAAUCAAACACAAAGAGAUUGUGGAUGAAGUUCGAGAUGCAUCGGAGACAUGGGGUUUCUUCCAAGUGGUUAAACAUGGGAUUCCAACAUCCGUCUGGGAAGAAAUGCUGCAAGGAACACGAGAGUUUUUUGAACAAGAUGUUGAGGUUAAGAAACAGUACUACACUCGAGAUACUACGAAAAGGGUGAUUGAUACUAGCAAUUUUGAUCUAUAUAGCCCUUCUGUUCCAGCUGCAAAUUGGGGAGACACACUUUUCUGUUUAAUGGCUCCUGAUCCUCCCAGUCCACAAGAAUUGCCAGCAUGCGGGUAGAUGUUCUGAACAUGAACUUUUUUUCCCCUCCCCACCCCCAAGAGGAUCAAUAGUUUGUGUUCCCACUUACCUUCGAGUGUGACUCGAACCCUCAACCUACUGGUUCAUGGUGAAGGUGCUCAACCACUUGAGCAAGCCACACUUGUCUGAAGAUUGGGAUCAAAAUGUUUCGGGGUUUCUGAACAUGUAUUAGAAAACCAACCAGCUUCAUUUAUGACAAAAAUCAACAGCAAACCAUGAUUGAUGUUGUUAUGGUUAAGUGCUUUCUUGCAGCUGAUUUAUGAUUAAUGUGAGUUUUGGUGGAUAUUGUUGGAGAACUAAGUAAUUCAACUAGAAGUAUGGUCCCUUUGAGCCAAUUGAGUAUACUUAAUUUUUUUCAAGUAUCAACAUGCGGCAUUACAUCAAAUUUUAUUUGAAAUUACUGCAGUAAAUACUAAUGGAGUACUCUAAGGAUCUGAUGAAACUAGGCUGCUCCUUACUUGAAUUAUUGUCAGAAGGUCUUGGUCUUAAUCGUUGCCAUCUCAAGGAUAUGGAUUGCGCGGAGGGGCUAGGUAUUUUGGGACAUUACUAUCCAGCAUGCUCCCAGCCAGAACUCGAGAUAGGCACCAACAAACAUUCUGACAAUGAUUUUAUCACAGUGCUUCUACAAGAUCCUAUUGGAGGACUUCAAGUGCUUCACCAGAAUCAAUGGGUUAAUGUUCCUCCUACAC